GCUCAUGCUAACUAGCGUAAUAGACCGGCUGGGCCGAGUGAUGCAUGUCCGCGUGAGUGAGUGAGAGGAUGCGCGCGUUUUAAAGGCGGCGCAUCCCCUCGCUCCCAGUGGAAGGGUCCACUGUAUUUCCUCCAGCCUUACGUUGCCUUAAUCCUACCUUCACUCUCAACGCCCUACCUCGCAAGGGCUGCUAUCGUCUUCACAAGCGAGAAUCAAGAUUCUGGUGGUUCCUCGGCGAAAGCUUGGUAUCAGACUUGGUUGCGCGACACCUGAUUACUACCGGUUGCUGCCUCAUCCUACGUACAUCACCGGCGAACAAACGGAUCGCGAACGCAUAACAUCAAGCCGAACGCGACUCUCAAUCCACACAUUCUAGAGAAUCGGUUUAAUAAACAUGUCGAACCAAGGCUACUACCAAGGCGGUCCUCAGUACCCACAACAAAGCUACGGCCCCCCAGGCGGCCAAGGCUACGGUCAACCACAAUAUGGCGCUCCACCACCACAGCAACAAAUGUACUACGGUCCUCCGCAAGGACAGUAUCAACAGGGCCCGCCACCCAAACAGAAGAAGGACAGGGGUUGUUUGACAGCUUGUCUGGCAACACUUUGCUGUUGUUUCGUUUGCGAGGAGGGAUGCGAGUGCUGUGCUGAUUGCUGCGAGUGUGCGGCAGAGUGCUGCUAGACAGUAUGAAUGGUAAUGAGGAGUGUCAUAGGGGCACUGAGCGACUAUCGGGUAUUGAGAACAUGGUGUCAGCACAUGUCGGUCAUGCGGCUGAGUUUUGGCGAGACGUGAGUCGGCUCACAUGUUCAUGAUUGGCUUUCUGUUUCUUUGAGUAUACCUGAUCACUUCCGGGUUCUUUUUACAAUGUUCAAUCCAUGGCCUUUUUGUUUCUCGUAACAAAAGCAGUGCAUGCUUCUUCAUCCAUUGAUCCGGAGCUGACUUUUUUGUCUAGCCAACUUUGAUGCAUUCAUGGUCUUGUUGGCUUGGCCUAUAGAGCUUUGACGAGGGAGAAACACACGUUUGACACUCAGUGAGCUCAUGUUUGCAUGUCCUGUAACCUUG